AUGGUUAUCCUACGUCGCUACAGGGGACCAUGGAAUUUGGAUUUGUGCUUCCGGCCCUUUUUCCUCCCUGGACUUAUGAAUCUGGCUGGGAACCAACUACCCCUGACUGUCGUCAACAAAGUUCAGUAUGCGCAUUAUGAUGUACCGCGAGUAGCUGAGUACUUCAAACUGCCUUUGAGGAAGAUGCCAGAUCCAGUCAAGACAUUGGUCGAGAAGGGAUCACUGCCUGCCAUGAGAUUUGUGACAGCUGUUGCAAAUGUUAAACCAACACUUGUAGAAGAGGUGUCCAGGCAAUUAUUUUGGCGACUUUGGCAUCAUGAUGAAGACAUCACAGAGGCAGAGAGCUUUAAAGAAGUGGGUGAAAGGGCUGGUCUUUCUAAAGAGGAUAUCCAGCAAUGUCUUGAGAUGCUGAAAACAACUGCUGUCAAAGAAAAUUUGAAAAAAGAAACUGAGUAUGCAUAUAAGAAAGGAGCAUUUGGAGCUCCUUACAUCAUUGCUCAUGCCAAUGGAGAGGAGCAUUACUUAUUUGGCUCUGAUCGUUUCCCAAUACUUGCUGUGGUGCUAAAGAAGAAGUGGCUUGGACCUGACCCAUCGUCCCCAUCUGAACUGGAUGAUUUCAUGACAUCUAAGCAUUGAGCUGGGUUUUUUUCCAUUUCAUCCAUAAUCAGGGGUUGAAUCCUAGCAUAUCUACAUGUUAUCUGCUAUCUUUGAGCAUCUUGGAUACCUCUUGAGUGGCUUAGCAGAGAAAGAUUUAUGUUUAAUGGGUUCUUGGUUUUGAAUGAUAUGUGCUAUAUCAUGUGCAGGGAUUUGGUCUCAUUGUCUUAUCAGUGCUAUUUGAAAUGC